AUGGCGGCCGCAAACCCCGUCGUGGACAUCCACACUCACAUGUACCCGCCCUCCUACAUCGCCAUGCUCGAGAAGCGCGACACCAUCCCACUCGUCAGAAAUUUUCCCCAAGCCGACGAGCCGCGACUCAUUCUCCUAUCCUCUGAGCUCGACUCCCUUGAUGCCGCGCUGAAAGACCCCACCGCCAAGCUCCCUGGCCGACCACUGAGCACGCACUUUGCCUCGCUGGCCCAAAAGAUACACUUCAUGGACACCAACGGCAUCAACGUCUCCGUCAUCUCCCUCGCCAACCCCUGGUUUGACUUUUUGGAUCCGUCCGAGGCGGCAGGCAUCGCCGACUCUGUCAAUGCGGAAUUUUCACAAAUGUGCACGCAGCACGUCGGUCGCCUCUUCUUCUUUGCUGCCCUUCCGCUGAGCGCCCCCGUAGACGCCAUCAAGGCCUCCAUCGAGCAUGUCAGGAACCUCAAAUACUGCCGCGGUAUUAUCCUGGGCACCUCUGGUCUUGGCAAGGGCCUCGAUGACCCCAACCUUUUGCCUAUUUUCAAGGCGGUGGCCGAUGCCAAUCUGCUCGUCUUUCUGCAUCCGCAUUACGGCCUGCCCAAUGAAGUAUACGGUCCCCGUGGCGAGGAAUAUGGUCACGUUCUUCCUCUGGCGCUUGGUUUUCCCAUGGAGACCACGAUUGCUGUGGCUCGCAUGUACAUGGCUGGCGUCUUUGACCAGGUAUGCAACCUCCAGAUGCUCCUGGCUCACAGCGGCGGCACGCUGCCGUUCCUUGCCGGCCGCAUUGAGAGCUGCAUUAUCCAUGACGGACACCUGGUCAAAACAGGCAAGGUUCCCAAGGACCGCCGCACCAUCUGGACGGUGCUCAAGGAGCAGAUAUAUCUCGAUGCCGUAAUUUACUCUGAAGUUGGACUCCAGGCCGCGAUUGCAUCCAGUGGGGCAGAUAGACUCAUGUUUGGCACAGACCAUCCCUUCUUCCCGCCAAUUCAAGGAGACGAACAGGGCCCUUGGGAUAGCUCCCGACUGAAUGCCCAGGCCGUCAACAAAGCCGUUGGACAAGGCUCUGGCGCCGCGGCUGCCAUCAUGGGUUUAAACGCCGUCCGUGUGUUGAAUCUCGAGGCCGAGUAG